UGUCGAUCUCUGCAGCGAGCACCGAAAGCUCAUCGCAACGUCCACCUCCAGCCCAGUACCCAGUCACCCAGCCGUCACCGCCUCCAGCCCCCCGCCACCCACAGCCCAUGUCAGCAAACACACGACUCUGAGGACCGCCACCACAUCAGACCACAGCGGGAAAUCGGCGGGAAAGGAGGCGUUCAUUCCAUCGGCGGCUCACAGAGCACCUCCUAUUCAGUCCACACUCACUCCCGAGCGCAACUGCAGCACCCAUUCGCCAUCCCGCGCAUCCAACGGCCAUUCCGCGCAGGCCAUGAGCCAGCCACCAUCUCCUCGCUCUACCCAGAGCCGCGUCCCUCCAUCCUCAGCCGCCUUUCUCCAGCAGCUCCACAGCGACCCCUCCUCAAACCACAUCACCCUCUCCAAUCACCGUGUUACCGCCCCACACUCUUUAGUGGUCCCCCUCGAGCCUACGGUCAGCGACACUCCUCAUGGCUUCGCGCCCCAACGUGCGCAUACCAGCCCAGUAUCGCCCAUGGCGGGGCCAUCCGUCUUGAGCAGUCUGGGCAGGAAGCCAUCAAAAAGGGGCAGGCCGAAAACUGCUCCUUCCAGACCCGAAGACGGUGCUGCUCAAACAGGGUAUGAAAGUCCAGAGCUUCCAGAUUCGAUACCUCCCCAGCCAGAGCCUGUCGGAAUGCCUGCUACCGAUGCAGACACAUGUUUGAACAUGCUUGCUGCAGAAGAGGGCCUCGCCCCUGCAAUGGACGCAUUGGCGGUGUCCAAUGAACCCAAAACAUAUAUAUUGGGGAGGGCGGGUUCCCUGACGGGCACACCAGAGUCGCAAACAGGUCACAGUCGCCCUACUAUACCGACCGGCAUGAACUGGGCCAUGUUCUCACAGGCCUAUUCGCAUGGCCUGUUUGACCCGAACAAGGUGCCAAACCCCCCGUCAGCCUCCACCACUCCCAAUACCACCGAUCUUCAUUCCACGCGGUCAUCACCAGGUCAACAAUAUGCUAUGCCACCCAGCGUACCCCGCCGACUUGUAGAGCCCAGCAGCAGCUCUGACGACUAUAGCUCAAAGAGCUCCAAAGGCUCCAAGGGAUCGACUAUGACCUCUGUGAGCUCGGCGCCGUCAACUUCUUCCGCAAGUUUUUCUUCGAACAGCCGUCCAAUGUCUAUGUCUGCUUCACUGGCGGCGCGGAAAAAGGCGUUUGAACUGGAACAUCUCCCUCUACGCCCCAAUGCGCCCGUCAUUGGCACCGACAAACUGGCACUUCCCUCGUACUCUCUCGCUGCUGCUACCGUCAGGAUGGCAUCUACGAGCUUUCUUAACGAUUUUUCUCCGCUGGCGAUACCCAGCCCUGAGCGAGAGCUCGUUGAUCCGAUGGCCAGUGUGACAACGGGUGAUACAGACAGCAUGCGGCAGGACAGCGCCAGCUCUGACCCUGGGUCUUCACGCUUUCCUCUGCAUCAUAGCAUGUCCAGUGCCGCGAACCCUUACACCAGCGGUCUGCGGCUGCCGACGAUUCAGGCGAGUCCCGUCAGCACCCCUCUCGAAGGGCCACACCGCCCAAAAAUAAAAGAGAGGUCGCCACCCAGGGUUCGGCACGGCUUGGUCGACAAGAGCAAGCUUCCCGUCGCCUCUGCGCCCUUAGAAAAAACGAUCGUCACGGAACAUGCCACAGACUAUUUCGGAGCUGCGGCUACCGCUACGUCGCCUCCCGAGACAAACUCUACAUCGUCUACAGUCACCGACAAUACACCUAAACCACCACUCAACUCGACAGCCACGUCCACCCAACAAGUCCCACCCCUGACGGCCUCUUCUCAAAAAGUGCCGCUACCCGCAGUGCCCGUCCCAUCAGAUAUGGCCACUAUCUACGAACAGUACGGAUGGCUACCAGCCCCGGUGCCGCCAGAUGAGAUCGCGAGAAGAAGGGCGUUGUACAGAUUCAACAUCUUGAAUACUGCGGCCGAUAUCAAUUUCAAUCGGAUAGCACACAUGGCGAAACUGGUGUUCAACCCGAAAAUCGUGCUGUUGACCCUGAUCGACAGUGAUCAGCAGUGGUACAAAACGGGUAGUGGUGUUGGUAUGGGAUCAGAUAGGGGGGAGAGAGUGUCGAGUAUCUGUAGUCACGCGAUUCUACCCAGAUCGGACGAGCCAUUUGUGGUCUUGGAUACCAGCCAAGAUUGGCGAUUCGAAAACAACCCCAAUGUUGUAGGCCCCCCGCAUGUCCGCUUCUACGCUGGUGCCCCUCUUCGGACAUCGGACGGACACAACAUUGGAACUCUUUGCAUCAUCGACGACAAACCACGAUCAGAGUUUACACCACGUUCACGCCUGAUAUUGAAAGAGUUUGCAGCUGUUGCUAUGCGAGAGAUGGAGCUGUGGCGAGACAAGCUACAAUUGCGUGUACGCGACAAGAUUCAAACCUCUAUGGAGAAGUUUACUCGCGAAUGUUUGGAAAUGGAUACUGCAUCUGCCAGCUCCAACGCCGACGCCGCAGCCAAGAUGGAUCAAGUCUACUCCCGAGCUGCCCAAUUGGUAUGCUCGACCAUCGGCCUCGACGGUUGCUUCAUUCUUGAUACCGGUCAGAUUGAGACGAUCACAACAGAUACGCCCGAAGGCAAAAAAGUCACCUAUCGCGCCAACCCGUACAGCGCCGAGCAUACGUCCCCGGUACUCGAGAGAAGCGAGGCGUAUGGUCCGGUAAACCCCUUCCCUGUGCUCGCUGCUGUACCCCCUGUACCUCCCACACGGGCUCUCUCUUCCUACGAACACGAAAAGCUUUCAGAGUUUCUGGAAAACCACAGAGACGGGCGUAUAUUUGAAGGCACAGCGCCUCUCUGGAUCAGGUACAUGUUCCCCUCCAAAUUUCGCUUCGGCAUGGCAGUUCCCAUCUUUGGAGUGGACCAGCAUCCUUUUGCGAUGAUUUGUGCCUAUACUGCCAACCCAGAGAAGCAGUUCCUGGAAGGGUACGAGCUACAAUUCCUUCGAGCCAUUGGUGUCAUCAUCCUCUCUGCGGUUCUACGUCGGCGUAUGGUGAUGGCAGACAAGACAAAGAGUAUCCUUAUCUCUUCUGUCAGUCACGAGCUGCGAACGCCUCUGCACGGGAUCCUUGCUUCCGCCGAGCUCCUCAGUGAUACCCCACUCGAUUCCAAUCAGCUGUCUUUCCUUAAAACGGUCCAAACUUGUGGUAAUUCUCUUAUCGAGACCGUCAACCACGUCCUUGACUUUACAAAGUUGAGUGGUGGCAAUAGCAAUAAGACCACCGCAACAGACCUUGACAGGGUCAAUUUGGCGUCGUUGGUAGAGCAGACCGUUGAAGGAUGUUGGAUUGGCCAAAGAGCCAGACUGUUUUUGGGCGAUAACGACAUCGGGAGUUUCUACGCUCCCCCGUCUUCAGCGGGCUACGUGCCCAAGUCUCAGCGGACUGCCACUGAGGAGUCGCUGUCGUAUGUGGAAACAGUCAUUGAUAUCGAUCUCAGACAAAAGGGAUGGAAUGUUCGCUGUGAAAAGGGUGGUCUCCGUCGAGUGCUCAUGAACCUGGUCGGCAAUUCAUUCAAAUUUACCAAGGAUGGCUAUGUUCAAAUUUCCCUUCGCGAAAUGCCCCACCCGCCCAAUGCCAGCAAAAUCCCUAUCGAGAUGACUGUCAUUGACACCGGCAAAGGUAUUGGCAAGGAUUUUCUCAAGGAUCAGCUUUUCCACCCAUUCUCUCAAGAGAAUCCUCUUCAAACUGGUACUGGUCUGGGUCUAGCUAUUGUUAAUUCCAUCGUUCGAUCGGAAAGUGUCAAUGGUAAAGUCGACGUUUGGUCAGCCGAGGGAGUCGGAACAGAGAUCAAGGUCACUUUCGAAGCCGAAGUCAUCGACGAGGACGACGGAGACGUUGCCGUGUCGUCAAGCUCGUCUGUCGCGUCGAAUAACACGGCGAUAUCGACAUUCGGUCGCGGCAUCUCUACUGCUUUCGUCUCUUUCCUUCCAGGGCACCAAGGCCACAUGCUUUUGUGCGAGGUUCUCAUUCGCUACGUCAACUAUUGGCAAUUUGAAGUGAAGGACGCUUCCUCAGCCGACAUAAUCAUCAUCAACGACGACGAUGAAGACCUGGAGAGUUUCAGCAAAUCGCAGAAGCCUCUGAUCUGCUUGGCAGUUGGAAGAAAGUUUGGUACCAGCAGAGUCGUCGAAUCCAUCAAUAGGAGCGGUGGCUUCUGUCGUGUGGUAUUCAAACCUGUCGGUCCUACGGCUCUCCAGAAAGCACUCGUUGAGGCGUCAGAGUGGAUAGAAGAACGGGACCAGAGCGGGGAGCGCGAUCCUGUUGGAGAUCAUCUUCAUCUCAGCAUUGGAAGAGAGAACGUUGUGGACAGGCCUUCAUUUUCACGCGGAUCCUCCGGUGCCAGUCAGGAUUCUGCGUCCACGAUCAGCGGGAUUUCCUCCAUGGUAUCUAUGCCGAGGCCUCACAUCCCGCAAAGCAAUUCCAGAUUGCCUCUACAGCGCCGUAGGUCUGAAGAGAAUGAGCAAGCGCCCAGAAGGCCUAGCAUGGCGCCUCGCGGCAUGACCUUCCACAGCUCUCGUCGCAUCGUCACGCCGGGUCUAAGCGAUACUCCUUUGUCGUCGCCUACGUUGAGUCAAGACUCUCCUACCUCGACACUGUCGACCAUCUCGCUGGCAGACGGGGGAGUCAUGUUGAAGGCUGCAGCUGUCUUGUCUGGGACGCCAAGGAAGGAGAGAAAGGGUAGAGUGAUGGUUGUGGAAGACAACGCCAUAAACCGAAGAGUAUUGGCCGCGUUUCUGAGGAAGAAGGGAUUCGAGUACGCAGAGGCGGUAGAUGGUCAAGAAGGUGUCGAUCUCUUUGAGUCUUCGCCCCCAAAUACCUGGGACGUCGUUCUCAUGGACAUAACCAUGCCAAUUCUAAACGGCCAUCAGGCUACUCGCGCCAUCCGCCGUAUCGAAGCUCUUCGUCGGAACAAUCUAUCGGACAUUCCCAUGGUCCCACCGCCUGGCCGGCCGGUGACCAUACCACCACAGAAAAUUGUGCAGGCGAGAACCAAGAUCUUUGCUUUGACCGGACUUGCCACGCCAGAUGACAAGAGGGAGGCGUUCGGGAGUGGGGUUGACGGAUAUCUCGUAAAACCUGUAUCAUUAGCUAGUCUGGACAUCAUCCUGAGGAAAAUCGGGUUCUGAGCUUCAGUCAUCAUUUGUGCCGCCAUCUACUUAUACCACAUUUCAACGCAUACCCAUUUCAUUCUAGUACUUCUCAUCUCUUCUUCUGAAUCCAACACCAAUUUGUACUCUGUACUGUACGAUGGAGCAGUCGGAGCCAUUCUAUUUACUUUUAUCACUGGUUGAUGGUUUCUUCUUUGCAUGGGCGCUUCAUUCUCCGGGAAACACAUAGAGAUAUAACAGUUGAGACAUAUACCAAAAAGUGUAAUGCAGAGAGCUGUUUUGUCAAGUCA